ACACAUAAAAGAAUAAGAAAAUAAAAUAAAAAUGGGCUGAAAAGGAAGAGACAUGUAUGGUCAGGUGGGCAUAAAGAAUUUGGAACUGCAUGUCUUGCACACAUGAAUGAUGAAGGGUAUCUUUCUAGCUAUCAAUUUUAUCAAUCUCAUUUCAUAAUUCAUAUAUGAAAGAAACAAACACAGAAACAGAAACCCAGAAGAAGAUGAUGAUGAAUGAUUCACAACUCACAACACAGCUCCUGAGUGCCCAUUACGGCACAGCCUGUGAGAUUUCCUUGACAUGUUCUCUGAAGAAAGCGACAAGUUUGAGAUAAGUCCAAGCACCCCAUUAUGUGGGAAUCGGAGAGUGAGUCUGCUGCUGGGAGGGAAUAUGGGACUGGACUUCUCACUUCAACCAAGCACAGUGUCAAGACUGAGGGAUUUCACCAAAGAGGAAACUCUUGGUAUGUCUCAGCUGAUAUUCCAAGUGAUCUUGUGGUUCAAAUUGGAGAAGCAAACUUCCAUUUGCACAAGUAUCCUUUGCUGUCUCGAAGUGGAAAGCUGAACAGAAUCAUAUACGAUUCUCGCGACCCUGACUUGAAUAAGAUAGUUAUGGACGAUCUUCCUGGGGGGCCUGAAGCUUUUGAACUUGCAGCCAAGUUUUGCUAUGGAAUUGCGAUUGAUUUAACAGCAGCCAAUAUCUCUGGUCUGAGAUGCAGUGCAGAGUAUCUUGAAAUGACGGAGGACUUAGAAGAAGGCAAUCUUAUAUUCAAGACAGAAGCUUUUCUGAGCUAUGUGGUUUUGUCUUCAUGGAGAGACUCCAUAGUAGUGUUGAAAAGCUGUGAGAAGCUGUCGCCAUGGGCAGAGAAUCUACAAAUUGUGAGAAGAUGCAGUGAGUCCAUAGCAUGGAAAGCCUGUGCCAAUCCAAAGGGGAUAAGGUGGUCAUACACUGGAAGAAGGGCAUCACAAGUUUCCAGCCCAAAAUGGAAUGACAUGAAGGACUCAAGUCCUAGUAGGAAUCAGCAGGUUCCCCCAGAUUGGUGGUUUGAGGAUGUUUCAAUCCUUAGGAUUGAUCACUUUGUAAGAGUCAUUACUGCAAUUAAGGUAAAGGGCAUGAGGUAUGAGUUGAUUGGUGCUGGAAUAAUGCACUAUGCAACUAAGUGGCUACCUGGUUUGAUGAAUGACACAACAAUCCCACCAGAUGAAGGAAGCAACAGUAGUAACAGUAACAGUAGCUCUAGUAGUGGUGGCUGGAAAAGUGGACUUCAAAUGGUUGUGUCUAGACCUAGAGAUGACACUUCAACUCUUCAAGCUAAAGAUCAAAGGAUGAUCAUUGAGAGCCUCAUCAGCAUAAUUCCCCCACAGAAGGACAGUGUCUCAUGCAACUUCCUGCUCAGGCUACUGAGAAUGGCAAACAUGUUAAAGGUUGCACUUGCAUUGAUCACUGAAUUGGAGAAAAGGGUGGGAAUGCAAUUUGAGCAAGCUACACUGGGUGAUCUUCUAAUCCCAUGUUAUAACAAAAAUGACACUGUUUAUGAUGUAGAUCUUGUUCAGAGGCUGCUAGAGCAUUUUCUUGUUCAAGAGCAGACUGAAAGUUCAAGCCCAAGCAGACCACCCUUUCCUGAUAAGCAUGCCACCAGUAACAUCAAUGCCAAGACAAGAGUGGCAAGACUUGUGGAUAGUUAUCUCACUGAGGUUUCCAGAGAUAGAAACCUUACCCUCACAAAGUUUCAGGUUCUUGCAGAAGCUUUGCCUGAAUCAGCUAGAACCUCUGACGAUGGACUCUACAGAGCAAUUGAUUCAUAUCUUAAGGCACAUCCAACUCUAACUGAGCAUGAAAGAAAGCGACUCUGCCGUGUGAUGGAUUGUCAGAAACUCUCCAUUGAUGCUUGUAUGCAUGCUGCACAAAAUGAAAGGCUUCCAUUGAGGGUAGUGGUGCAAGUUCUGUUCUCUGAACAGGUGAAGAUAAGCAAUGCACUAUCCAACAGUUCUCUGAAAGAAGGUGUUGAGUCUCACUACCAGCCAAUGCUUCCAAACCGGAAAACACUUCUAGAAGGGACACCACAAUCAUUCCAAGAAGGGUGGGCUGCAGCUAAGAAAGACAUCAACACACUAAAGUUUGAGCUUGAGACUGUGAAAACCAAGUACUUGGAGCUUCAAAACGACAUGGAAAAUCUGCAGAAACAGUUUGAUAAGCUGCUAAAGCAGAAGCAUACAUCAGCAUGGACCAGUGGGUGGAAGAAACUAAGCAAACUUACCAAAAUGACCAACGUGGAAAAUCAUGAUAUUUCUCCUCAGCUUCCAACUUCAGAAGAACAGAACAGAAAGACAACAACUAGAAAGUGGAGAAACUCAAUAUCCUGAGAGAUAAUAAACUCUCAACUGCAUUGGAUUGGAACUUAUACCUCUCAUGUUUCAGUUUGUGUUCCAGACUUUAUUCCCUUUUUUUUUUACCAUAUUUCAUUCCUUCUUUCUUUCUUUUAAACAGCAAGAAUUUGUGGCUUCUCUUCGUUUAAUUCUUUCUUCCUUCUUUUAUAGAAAUCGCUGUGAAAUUCAAACUACAUUGUAAUUUUUCACCAGAUCCAAUCAUAGUUUUCCUUUGCAAGUUCUAGAGGCA